CCGCUCCGCACCGGGGGCGGGGCCGCCGCAGGUACCGGCCGCCGCACGCCGGGCUGCGCCGGGGGUCGCGCUGGGGACACCCCCGCACACACCCCCGGCGUGUCAUCGGCUGCGUGGGGCCGGCGCCGCCUCCCGGCUUUGCUACGUGGGGCCGGGGCCGCCCCCGGUUUCGGUGCGUGGGCCCCCCGCGGGCGGUGCGGGACCAUGAAGGUGAAGGUGAUCUCGGUGCUGGAGGACAACUACAUGUACCUGGUGAUCGAGGAGCGCACGCGGGACGCCGUGGCCGUGGACGCCGCGGUCCCCCGGAGGCUGCUGGAAAUCAUCAGGAAAGAGGACGUGGUGCUCAGGGCGAUCCUCACUACCCACCACCACUGGGACCAUGCAAGGGGCAAUGAGGAGCUGGCGAGGCUCUGCCCCGGCCUGCGCGUGUACGGGGCCGACGAGCGGAUCGGGGCCCUGACGCACAAGGUGACCCACAACCAGGAGCUGACGUUCGGGGCCAUCCGGGUGAGGUGCCUCUUCACCCCCUGCCACACCUCGGGCCACAUGUGCUACUUCAUGUGGGAGGACGGCUCCCCGGACGCGCCGGCUCUCUUCUCAGGUGACACACUGUUUGUGGGAGGCUGCGGGCAGUUCUUCGAGGGGACAGCGGAGCAGAUGUACACCAACCUCACCCAGAUCCUGGGGGCUUUGCCGAAGGAGACGAAGGUGUUCUGCGGCCACGAAUGCACCGUCCGAAACCUCAAGUUUGCCUUGAAGGUGGAACCGGAGAAUGAAAUAGUGAAGAAGAAACUUGCGUGGGCCAAACAGCGGGAUGAUGAGGAUUUGCCCACAGUGCCCUCGACGCUGCAAGAGGAGUUCCUCUACAACCCCUUCCUGCGGGUCACGGAGGAGCCCUUGCAGAAGUUCACAGGCAAGACGGACCCGGUGGAGGUGCUGAGGACCCUCCGCACCGAGAAGGAUAACUUCAAGAAGCCCAAGGAGCGGCCCCAUCCCCAGGCCAUGCUCGCGUUCGACUGGGGACUUUUCAGCCCCUUCCUGGAGAAGAAGUGAGCAGCGCGGCGGCCGCCGAGACGCAGCAUCGCUGUCAUGGUGGGGGCUGCGUCCCCCCAGCUCUGGCUCAACUCCCGUGAGCUCAGCAGCUGGGAAGUGGUUUCUGUCUUUAACCUGCUUGUUCUGAGGUUGCUCUGCUUCGCUCCCUGCAGCGCCGAGCCCGGCAGGAGCUGUGCCGAGGGGCUGUCCCCGUGGGGAGGGAGCGCGUGGGUGCCUUCAGCGAGCUCAGGCAGCCGAGGCCGCCCCGGCGGGGCUGUGGGUGCUGCUGGCAGAGGGUCCCCAGGUGUUUUGGAGGAGAGGCCACCCACACCCACGACGUUCGGGCUGACGGGUGCGGGAGCUGCCGCCUGCCCGCAGCCUGGAGCCCAGCAAAGCCUGUUUCCACCGGCCGUGCCCGCCGGGCUGCGGGGCUCUGCUGCCUGUGGUCCUGCCGGACCUGGGGGCUGCACCGCGCUUCCCAGGGGCUUGGCUGGCACAGCGCUUUGCACCAGUGUGGCCCCGAAGCCGCUGGCCUCCCGCAUGGCUGGGCUGGCCGGGGAGCCCUCCUGGCACUGCCCGCUCCCGUCCGGCCGUGCCCUUCCCACGCCGAGGGCGGGCAGGGACGAAGCGCAGGGAUUUGGAUGCACGAGGAAGCCGGCAAGGGGCUGGCGUCUGGGCUGGUGUUCAGCAGCACCUACUUAUCUCCGGGCUGGGCUAAGAAAAACCCUCAUUGCAGUGGGGUUUGGGUGGUUUUUCCCCCUUUCCCCCAUUUUUAUAACACACCAACAUAGAACCAUCGUGUGGGGCUGUAACACAGUCGCUGACUUUGGGGAGCAUCCAAACAACUGAAGCGGUGCAGAGUACCUGCAGGUGGGGCCAGGCCUGGAGGAACGCGUGUUCUAACCCACUGGCUUUGUAAAAUAGUUUUCAAGGUGUGACAGUUUGUCAGCAACAAGGUGCUGCUACGCAUCUAUUGCUUCUCCCCCUGCACCUCCAAGGUGAAAAAACACUGGAAAACCCUUGGCUGAAAGCUACAUUCGCGUUGCCUUGUCAUGAGAACAAGAGGGAGGGAGCAGAUGGGUCUCUGGAGGCUCUUCAGCUUGCAGCCUUCAGUUUCAGCAAAAGCAGUACUGUAUUUUUUUUUAUCUGAGAAACAUGCAAAGAUUUUUAUUUGCAGGUAGUGGGGAGCUGCAUGACAAACUAGUAGUUUGCUUUUUUAGUGAAAAAAACCAAUAGGGCUCGAUGGUGGCUCUGCAAAUAGCUGUGAAAAUCCCUCUGAAAGGUCUGGGCUUGGGCACGGCUCCCUGUGGGACAGUCGUGUGUCUCUCGUUUCUUCUUUACCUCAAAGCACAGAGUGUGUGUGGCUGCCCUGGUGUGGCUGAGCUUACACCUGUUCUGCCUAGUUCAAAUGAAAAGAGCAGCGCAGAGAAGUUGGUCCCAUAAUCCUUUUACCAUACGUUGUCAGUUUAAACAGUGCUGAUUACAAAUGUUAUAGUUCCUUACACUGGAAUAGAGUUGACUUCAGGAUCUUUCAUGUGUGGCCUGUGAACUGCAUCUGUUGCCACUGACCCUGUUUGUGGCCAUUUUUCCUUUGCUAGAAACUAGACUUAAGGUUUUCUUUUCUGCCUUUCAUGAAAUUAGCGUUAGAAUUUACUCUCCCCCAUAGGAGGGGAAUUAAUCCUGCUGCACAAGUUGCCUCGGUACUAUUGCCUCAGUUACUUAGUUUAAAUGUAGUGGUACCGUUUGUAGAUGUUACCUGGGGAGCAGAGACGCGCCCGUGUCUGUCCCUGAGCUAGCACUGAGUCUGCUCAUGCUGACAGCAGCAGCACACAGCUCGAAGGCUGGGAGAAAUUCAACGUGUUCUUGAUACCACAGCAAGAACAGCCACCCAGGAGUGCCUGCAGGAGCUGAGGUCUUGCUGUGUUCUGAGCGGAGAGUCCUUGGUUGGCUUCAACAAUGUGCACGUUGGUUAACUGGAGAAGAGACAAAAUGUAGAUUCCCAACUCUUUAAUCUACAGCUAAUUUAGCUUUAUUUGUGCGCUUCUGGCUCGAUGUGCAUGUUCUCAGCAGAAACAGAACGUGUUUCUGUUGCACUGAUGUACAGUUUGUGGUCCCUGCACUUCAGCAUAUUGGACUGACUUUGCAUUAGCAGUGGUACCUCUUGCUGUAGAUAAAAAUGUUAUGGUUUAGUGUAACACUGUGUUUCAAAUCUAUGCAUGGAAAAGGGCAUUCACUGACUCGCUCGUAAAAUGCAUAGGGUGGGGAGGGGGAAGCAGCAGGAGAUUCUUGCCUUAUGAACACUGUGAAUUCACUAAUCGAUCAGCAACACCUGAAAAAUGUAAAGCGUUUAAUUAAAAACAUUAAAAAAAAGAAAGAAGUCUUUUACACUGUUGGCUUACUUAUGGUGGAGGAGGCUGUGAGAGGGACAGAGGCGAGUACUGCCAGAGCGGCCGUUACAAGGGGCAGGCCAGGUCCGGCAGCCCUAAGCCCGAGGGCUGCAGUAACUGCGGGAGGGCUCUUUGAUGAGGCUCUGGGCCAGGUUUCACUCUGGGCUAGAUGCAGUAACCGGCUCCAUCUGUUUGUAUUUACUCUGAAGGAACAAAGCAAUAUGGCACCUUUGUUUUCAGUUUUCAUCCACUUAACUACUUUCUGCACAGUCCUUCUUCCUCACAGAGCAGUAACUGGAGAAACAUUGAAGCGAUCAGUAAUGCUGUUCGUAAGUUCCUAUUCACUUGCAGCUUCAGCAGCCACAAGGAGAGAUUCCAGCUGCAAACCCUCCCACUGCUGCCCUCCCUGUACACACUGUUACUCCAGAAAAACCGAUACUGGGAUGGAACAGGCCAAACCAAGAGUUACUCACUCUGUUGUUUUUGUGACCGGUUCUGAAAACACCUGUGUGUAAAAAUACAGAUAGCACGGCAGGCACCUGUCAC